AUGGAUAGUGAAUGCCAGGCCUCAAAAAUAAAAAAAGGUUCGGGUACGAGAGAAAGGUAUACAAGAAUUAGCUCUACUCGGUCUAAGAAAAGUUCGGGUUAUCUCGAAGACCGACUACAAUUCCUGUCCUGGCUUUUUAAGGGUGCGUUAACUCAUUGCGCUUCUGCGCCCUUGAGCGCCGCUGUUGCUUCUCCAUCAAACAAAUGUGACGGUAGGACCGGCGACCGUGGUCAUACGAGCUUGAACACUGAAGUGACUGAUGCGCAGCACGCCUUUUCAAGAAAGGGACUAAAGUGGUCUGUGGAGGAAGAUCACCUUCUAAUGAAGUUAAGGGACGAGUAA